CGUUUGUGGAGAAAAACCAUCAACAGAAGGUGGAAGACGAACGUAUUUAGAGUGAUGAAGACGUAAAGAUGAGUAGUGAGGACGAUGAAUAGUGUAAAAGAGAGAAACAGGACUUAGACGAUGAUAAUUUUGAAAAACUGUAAAAGUCUAAAGUAUUUACAUUACUUUUUGGUCUCAUCAGGACCUGGGAAGAACAGAUUUAACUAUGAUUAACAAAACAGCGAUAGAUCAAAGUUUUAUAACGCAUCCUUAAGACGUUUUUCAAAUGCUGUUGAUUGAAGUGCUUUAUCUAUUUUGUAUCUUAGAGUGAAAUGGAAAUUGACACUUUGGACUCAAGAAUAAACCGGUCUUUCCACUUUAAUUAAAAAUCUCUUAGAAGUGCUGGCUAUAUGAGUAGUAAGACUGUUUUCUGUCCUACUUAAAUUUGAAAAUUUGUGGUAAUAUGCUGUAUUGCACAUAUAUUUUAUUUGAGAUGUUUUUCGUGUACAAACGACAUGAUUUAGGAAUCUAGCAACUAGUACUUUUCGUAAUACACGUACGGAUUUUUGUGUGCAAGGAGAAGAAUGAGAAAGAAACUAUAUGCAUAUAGUGAGAAUUGUUGAUAUAUUACACCAGUUUACUUUCUUGCAAGCUUCUGGUCUGUUGCGUUUUUUUUAAUAUAUGAUUUAUCUUCUUUUCGUUCAUCUAGUUGCUGUAAGCGGGCCAAUACCUCUAGAUGUAUAUGUGAAGUAUAAUAUUUCUUUUUUUUCUAGAAUCAUCAUUUUUAACUGACCUGUUCGAUAGUAUGAGUCGUAAUUUUGGAAGUCAUACUUUAUUUAUAGAGGUAUUGUGUUAGUUUCUUCUGUUUGUUUGUAUGUCUAAUAUGUACUUUUUUUCAACAGGAAUAUGAUAAUAGUUAUCGGAGAGCAAAAGACAAUUUACUCAAACAUAACACGUUGAAUAAUAAAGUUUGAUAACAUUAACUUCUGUAGGCUCUCAAAUUUAUAUUCGUUUCUUCUAGACUUCAGCAAAAUAUCAAAGUUUAGCUCCAUCAAAAUCAUAUGAUUAUAUCAAUUCAAGUCCAUCGUCCUCGACAACAGUCGAUUCUGAUGAGGAAGAGGAGCAUAACGAAAUAUUUGAAAAUGUUAAAAAGCAAAUUAGUUGUUUAGAGUUGAGUCGUCCGAAAAAAUGUAUAAAUUUACCCUACGAUGAAAUACAUCCGGUUUAUGAUUCGGACGAAGAAACAGAAACAUCAGUAAUAAUAACAACAAAAUCUGAUGAUCUGAUGGCGCAGCAUGCAUCUUUUCUGCAUGGGCUUGAUUUGGAUACAUUAGUGAAUAAAUAUCGUUCUACAAAACGUCCAAUGAAGAGAGUUUUAAUGCCGUAUUUGGGAGAUUAUAUGCCUGCUGUUGAACGUCCGGAUAGUUUAGCUGAUAUUCUUGGUUUAGCUCGUUUAGAUGAGCCUAAUCCAAAACAAGCCAAUCUAUUAAGCAUUUAUUUGAAAACAAGUAUAACGGCUGCUACUAAUGGAAAGACUAUUCCGAGCAUUGAAUUUGCCCACCAUUUCAACGAAGAAUUAAAAGAAUGGAUUCAUAUAGUUGAAGAACAACGCAAAUCAAGGUCCAUUGUACAAGUAUAUCAUAGAAUGCCACUGCGAGAUGUACGAGAAUUUAUUAUGAACACUACAGAACUCUCUACAUCGAUGUUACGAGAGAUAUUGCCACCAACAGCUGAACUCGAUUGCUCAUUAGAAGAAUUGAUUGACAUAUUAUGCGGUUUGUUUGAUGUACCAAAUCAUGGAUCUCGUAUUCAAGCAUUACAUCAAUUAUUUUCAGUUUAUAUAGCUUAUAGGACAAUACUUGUGAGUUUACUUCAGCAGAAAACAUUUUCCACUAUGAACAAAGUAUGCUCUUCUGUUCAGGGUAAUGGAAAGAAGUGUAAAGACGAGUAUCGUGCUGAAAUUUAUAUUUAA